AUGAAAAAUUGCAGCAGCUUAAAAAGAAUACGCCUGGAAAAGAAUCGACUGACUGGAAAUAUAUCAGAAGAUUUUGGCAUCUAUCCUAGCUUGAAUUUUAUAAACCUAAGUGACAAUGAAUUUUAUGGUGAAAUUUCACCCACCUGGGCAUUAUGCAAAAAUUUAGGCAGCCUAUUGACUGCUAGGAACAAUAUCACUGGCAGAAUACCACCUGAGAUUGGAAACUCAACUCAGGUACAUUUUCUAGAUCUUUCUUUAAAUCAUUUAAUCGGGGAGAUUCCGAAGGGAUUGACAAAACCGACUCUUUUAACUAGGCUUAUUUUGACUGGGAAUCAACUCUCUGGUGGAAUACCAAGGGAAGUAGGAUUGUUUUCCAAUCUUGAGUAUCUAGACUUGUCUGCAAACAGAUUGAGUCAGUCUAUCCCUGAGAGUAUAGGUGAUUUGUUGAAAUUGCACUACUUGAAUUUGAGUAGUAACAACUUCAGCCAGAGAAUUCCAGUUCAGAUGGGCAAGUUAUCUCAAUUGACUGAAUUAGACCUAAGUCAUAACAUGCUUUCAGGGGAGAUACCAAGACAAUUUGAAUCUCUGCAGAGCUUGUCAACGUUGAAUCUCUCUUAUAAUAACCUCUCUGGUAACAUUACCUUUUUCGAUAAACUCCGAGGCUUGACAUAUAUUGACAUAGCACAUAAUGGGUUGCAAGGUCCAAUUCUUAAUACCUCGGUAUUUCAAAAUGCUUCAAUACAAGCAUUAGAAGGAAACAAGGGUUUGCGUGGCAAUGUUAGUGGCUUCAAACCUUGCAAGCUUUCUAAGAAAAGCCACAAGUUACUCUACACAAUCAUGUUUCCUCUGUUAGGAGGAGUGAAUGGCCUUUCACUUGCUGCAAUGGCUUUGUUCAUCGGCUUCAAAAGGCAGAAAAAGAUGCAAAUGAACUUUGAUGCUCAGUGUUGCAUUGGAAAGGGAGGAUACGGAAGUGUAUACAGGGUAGAGCUGUCAUCAGGUGCUUUGGUCUCUGUGUUACCAUCUUCAUCUCUUGAAAUUCAGCUUCUGGGUAACCCAGUUUCAUUAUCUUUGUUAAUCCACUUGACUGUUUUACCCGUGGUGCCAGUAAAGUAUUUGAAAGCAGCAAGCUCACCCAAUUUCCCAGUUAGCAAAGCUUGUGCUGCACUGGGUGUGCCAGUAUGA